CUGGUGGGGCAUUCGAUGGGCGGAGCCAUAGCGGUGCAUGCCGCGGCGCUAGGAGGCAUCCCGAGCCUUGCAGGCAUCGUGGUGAUUGAUGUGGUGGAGGGCACGGCCAUGGCCUCCCUGCCCUACAUGUCAACCGUUCUUCAGAAGCGGCCCAAGCAGUUUGCCUCGCUGCGGCAUGCGGUGGACUGGGCGCUCGACUCUGGCGUGUGCAAACGGCAGGAGGCGGCGCACGUGUCGCUGCCCUCAAUGCUGCGGCAGGAGGCGGCAGGCGGUGGCUGGGUGUGGCGCACCCAGCUGGAGCGGUCUGCGCCUUUCUGGGAGGGCUGGUAUGCUGGGCUGAGCGACAUGUUCCUCAAGCUGCCCGUUCCCAAGGUGCUGGUUCUGGUGGGGACCGACCGCCUGGACCGGCCGCUGACCAUUGGGCAGAUGCAGGGCAAGUUCCAGCCGGUGCUGCUGCCGCAGGCGGGGCAUGCUGUGCACGAGGACGAGCCGGAGCGCACUGCUGAUGCCAUUGCCACCUUCAUCAAGCGCUUCAGGAUUGGGGAGCCGCCGCUCCAAAUCCCUCGGCCUGCGCCGGGCAUCAGGCCCGCGCUG